AUGUUUCUUAUUCCAUUCUUAUAUUUGAUUCCUCUCUUCCUUCCUUUCUUGUUUUAUUUUCAUUCUUUCUUUCUUUCUUUCUUUCUUUUUCUUUCUUUCUUUUUUCUUUUUUUUCAUUCUUUUCUUUGCAAUAUUCCUUCAUUUUUUCUUUCCUCCUUGUUUGUUUGUUUGUUUCUUUCUUUCUUUCUUUCUUUCAUUUUCUUAUAUUUCGUCAUCAUUUCUCUUUUCUUUCUUACAUUUGAUUCAUUCCUUUCUUUCUUUCUUUCUUUCUUUCUCUUUCUUUCUUGCUUCAUUUAUUUCUUUACGCAUUUCUUGCUUUCUCUCUUUAUCCCUUCCUCUCUUUCUGGCUUUCUUUCUUUCUGUCUGUCUUCCUUUCUUUCUUUCUUUUUUAUAUUCCUUCAUUUUUGUCUUUUCUUUCUUACAUCUGAUUCAUACCUUUCUUUGUUUUCUGGUUUAUAUUUCUUACUUUCUUUUUUUCUUUCUUUCUUUCUUUCUUUCUUUCUUUCUUUCUUUCUUUCUUUCUGUCUAUAUUCAUGUUGGUCUCUUCUUUCUUUCUUUCUUUCUUUCUUUCUUUCUUUCUUUCUUUUAUUCUGUCAUUAUUUUUGCUUUCUUUUUUCUUUCUUUCUUUCUUUCUUUCUUUCUUUCUCUCUCUUUCUUUCUUUCUUUCUUUCUUAUACCCCUUCAUUAUUUUUAUCUCUUCUUUCUUUCUUUCUUUCUUUCUUUCUUUCUUUUAUUCUGUCAUUAUUUUUGUGUGCUUUCUUUCUUUCUUUCUUUCUUUCUUUCUUUCUUUCUUUAACUCUCUUUUUUAUUCCUUACUUAUAUUUGUUCUUUAUUGAUGUUUGCUUUCUUUCUUUCUUUCUUUCUUUCUUUCUUUCUUUCUUUCUUUCUUUUAUUCUGUCAUUAUUUUUGUGUGCUUUCUUUCUUUCUUUCUUUCUUUCUUUCUUUCUUUCUUUCUUUCUUUCUUUCUUUAACUCUCUUUUUUAUUCCUUAUAUUUUACUGUUAUUGCUAUUAAUGCCGCUUCCACUGUUGACGUCCCUACCGCCGUUGCCCGAGAUCGAACCCGGAGACGUUCGGCCGCUGUGGAGACUGUGAUGGUGAUGGUGUAA